CACACAUAAAUAGUACUAGUAGCAGUAUGAUAAGUAUCUCAGAAAUGUCCAUCGUAAUAUAAUUAAUAAAUGCCAGUUGGACCAAACACAGCUUGCCAAGCUCAUGAGUCAUGACUCAAAUCACAUCAUAAGAAAAGUAGUAGCCAGAAAGAGAAACCAAUAUAAGUAGCAAAUACGAGACCAAGUCUGCCCGCCCCCGGGACCCAAACCCAGCCAGCCUGGCUGCUUAUCACUCCCCAGUCACUCCCCUGUUUCCGUGUGCGCGUUUUAUCCGUAUUCAUGCUCUCCUCUUUCGGCUCUUCCCUCGCCAACAUAUAUAUACUACCGGAACAAAUUCUCACUCCCCAACUUAUCUAAAUUAUAACUUAUCUUAUCAUCAUCACUCCAACUCUAAAAAUACUACACUCAAUCAACCGAGAUUCCAAUUGUCAACCAUCCCCUUCCCUUUAUAUAAGCCUCUGUUAUUCGGUUCCAUUCUUUGACCACGAGACUCAUUUGCCAAGUCCUUUUUUCAAUCGAGUCUAGAAUCUUAUUUUUGGCCAACUCUCAGAAUCUGUCUACAACUUUACUUGAACAAGAAGAAGAAUGGAGUUCUUGUCGUUUUGCUAUUCUGACCCGCUUCCGCAUUCCCCCCUCUGGUUUUCUGAUCAUCUUCCCGAAUCUUCUUCCACUUCUGAUAGUGCUAACAACGCCUGCAGCAAGGCCAAUUUCUCCGACGAAGAAGUUCUGCUCGCUUCCAACAAUCCCAAGAAACGGGCCGGCCGGAAGAAGUUCAGGGAAACCCGGCACCCGGUCUACAGGGGAGUCCGACGAAGGAAUUCCGGCAAGUGGGUUUGUGAAGUCAGGGAGCCCAACAAGAAAACCAGGAUUUGGCUCGGCACUUUCCCCACUGCUGAAAUGGCGGCCCGAGCUCAUGACGUGGCUGCCAUUGCCCUCAGGGGACGAUCCGCUUGUCUCAAUUUCGCCGACUCUGCUUGGAGGUUGCCGAUUCCGGAUUCCUCCGAUGCUAAGGACAUUCAGAAAGCCGCGGCCGAGGCCGCCGAGGCAUUCCGGCCGGCAGAAUCCGAGAGCAUGCUGUCUGGAAACUCUGGCGACGACAAUACGAAUAAUCAUAAGCAAAAUACAGAGGAAUGCGCAUCGUUCCCAUCCGCUGAUCAGGAUGAGGUUUUCUACAUGGACGAGGAAGCGGUUUUCGGAAUGCCCGGUUUGCUGGCAAAUUUGGCUGAAGGAUUGAUGCUUCCGCCACCCCAGUGUGGAGUUGGGAACGAGAUCAACGAAGGAGAUCAUGCUGACAUGUGUUUGUGGAGUUACUCAAUUUGAUUGACGGUUUAAAAAAAAAAAAAAAAACCAGAAAUGAGUUAUAAAUAUAGCUCAGCUCUACUGGUUAAGUGAGAUUGCGAAUAGGAUAUAUAUAAUAGGUAGCAUUUGGCUUAGGAUUUAGAGGGUAAUUAGUUAAUGUAGGAGUGCUAAUUUUCUUGUUUUAUUCCUUUGAUGAUCCGUACAGUGUAUUUUUGCCCCUAUGGGACCCAAGUACGGAUUGUGUCAAAAGGAAUAUGCGAAAGCAGAUUUUGGGAAACUAGUCUAGGCACUAGGCAGCAGUAUUGUGAACGAGACAGCCAGCCGCCACUUUUAUGCUUUGGUGUUUCAGCCGUUAUAAAUGUCAAAAAUAAAAUAAAUGUGUGAAAUUAAUUAAGGAAAAAAGUAAUAGUGUACUUAAAUCUCAGACUCAUCAAGCCCUUCUCUUUGCCCAGUAGCAAGUAGUCGAUUCCGUCCUACCCAAUGCAAACACCAAAAGCCACUAUUUUAUGUAUAAAUAUAAUGGUCACAACGACGGAAGAGGUAUGCAUCCAAAGCGAUAUACUAUCAUGAAGUUUCUUGGAAAUGGUCAAAAUGCCCGCUAUGCUACUCCUGGCCGUGGUGACAUCAUGACCUAUCUCUACCCCUUUAGUCAAAAAAAACCCUUGAAUUUUUUUUUUAUAACAAUUUUGAUUAAGAUGAUUAUGGAUGAAGGGGUACAUGUACAUAGCAACUUAUGAAGCCAGGCGGAGUCAAGAGAAAUGUUCAGCUGCUUGAACAUCUCGACCAUGGCAGCCCCUAAACCAAAACAACCAAAGCAGUUGCCCUUUUUCUGGUUAUGUGGAAAUCUAGCAACAUGUACUUCUGUUUUGUUAUGCUACCCGAGCGUUAUGUAGUUUUUUUUUUUUUU